AUGGGUGCCGAAGAUGUAUCAAGCAGUGCAUUCACAGCUUCUGCUCACUUGUUGUUGGUUUUGGCGUCUGCAGUGUCAAUUAUUUUCACCAUUUUUGCCAUUGCUCUGGCUCGCCGGCGGUCGCGACAUCGUGGCUUCAUUGAGGUUGACAUAUGUACUCCUGAAGAGCGACAUGUGAAUGGAAUGCAAGUGAAUGGUUAUGAGAAUCCAACGUAUUCAUUUUUUGAUAAUAAACCAUGA